AUGGAGUCUACCUACAAAACCCUAGCGGAGCACAUAGUCCGUUUGUACCAAAAACGGCAAAACGAAUAUUUGCCCCAUUCAGGCAAUGUCCCGACGAUACCCCGCAAUAAUAAUAAUAACACCGGCUUAAACAAAUCUAGUGCGACCAAUGGUGAUGUUCGCAUUUUAAUCGCCCUUGCCGGUCCGCCUGGUUCGGGCAAGUCGACAAUCGCAGAACAAGUUGUCCAAACUCUCGGGGCUAUACCUUUUGCUCCAAAAACAGUCUCCGUCUCCAUUGACGGGUUUCAUUUACCCCUGGCGACACUGCAUGCAAUGCCGAAUGCUGCAGAGGCUAUAGCGCGGCGGGGUGCUCCUUGGACAUUUGAUGCAGACGGUGCCGUUGCCCUGGUAAAGGACUUGGGAAGCAGCUUCGGCGUACGAGAUAUUGCAGUGCCGACAUUCGAUCACGCAAUCAAAGAUCCAGUGGCUGGUGGACAGAUUGUAAAGGCAGAUGUGCAGGUCUGCAUCUUGGAAGGGAACUAUCUUCUAUCGGACGAGGGCUCUUGGUCAGAGAUUGCAGAUCUAGUAGAUCAACGAUGGCUCGUCAAGGUAGAUCCGCUUCUAGCUCGAACAAGAGUUGCUACUAGACAUUUAGCCGCGGGUAUUGAACCAUCUAUGGAUUUGGCUUUGGCCCGUACAGAGUACAAUGAUAUACCUAAUGGGGAGUAUGUAGCUCAACACAGCCAGGGCAGAUAUGAUCUUUUGAUAGAGAGUAUAGAAGAGCCACGGAACGAUUAA